GCCAAAUGUUGUUUUGCACGCCCACUCGGUUCUUACUGCCAUCAUGGGUCACGGCCACGCGGGUGGACGUUACGCAGUUGACUACAACACCAACGCGGAAAACUUCGAUUAUCCCAGCAACGCCGCUGCGUGCUUUGAUUUACUCGCGGAUAUAUUAGAAAGACUGUAUCACCAGUUCCGAUUCCUAUGCAGUCAGUGCGAGAACGGCCGUGAGAGCGGUGGAUGGGCUGAUUGUUGGUACGGUAGGUAUGUCGCUGGAUCGGACUGGCAGUGUAAUGAGAAGCAAUGUGCCAACCAAAUAUGCGACCAAACGAAGAACCAAACACGCGACCAAAUUCAUGAGCAAAUGGGUGACCAACACCCCAAGUGCGGUGUGAAAUCGCCACUCCAAUCGUACCUAGAGGACGGCCUACAAGGUUUCCUACCACACCAGUUCAAAAAGCCAGGUUGCAAGCUGGACUGCACUGUGUCCAAUCACCGCGGCCUGCCGUGCAAGACACCAAUGGGCUUUUGUGAUAUCAGUGAACUAGCAUCGCAUACGAAAACGGGCGCCGAUCUCAGAAAGAUUCUAAGAGAUUUCUGUGGUGAAAAAUCUCACCUCCGCUCACUAUGCGCUUGCAUUAUAUGUCUCAUGCAAAAACCUCCGCUGACGCUAGGCGACAUGUUCGCGUUCUAUUAUAAUUAUAUAUACGGCUGGACCACGCAGGAUAGAGAACAUAGAGAGGGCGCAUUUAACAAAGCCGUCAGCGCAGCGCACUUCGAGAACAAAUAUGAUGAGCUCAAAGUGCAUAACCUAUUUUCCCCUAGUCACUCCGCAGUGUGGCAGGGGCAUUCGAGCGGUAGUCUCGGCAGUUUCGUAUGCACAUCAAGAGAAUCGGUCGUAUGUGGGCCAUAUCUGUAUCCCAUCAAUAGCGAAAUCAGAAAUAUAUAUGCAGCUAAAUAUGCCGAUAAAUACCUAUCAUGGAUUGUUUACCAGACUGAGACAUUCUACGAUUUACUCAAAAAGUUAUAUGACGAGUGCAACUCUAACUGCGGUCCAAAGGGAUCCAACUGCUUAACGACAUGCUGUGUUAAGGAUUGUCCAAGGCAUAGAAAACCGCCAACCCCAAAGGAACAUCAUACCGAUUGUAAAUCUAUAGUCCAAUGCAGAAAAGCACUGCCGACUUUGUCAAAAUACGGGUUCGUGUUUCUACAGCAAGCCAAGUUAAACGGGAAGGAUGGACUCGAGAAAAAACGCACGUGCCAAAAUUUCUGUACGGCAUUCAAAGAGGUAUUUAAUAAGGAGUCUAUACUUGUCGAACUUAUUAGAAAAAUUGAUGACUUCAUUUUCACAAUCAGGCAGCCGUUUAUAUGGCUCAACGUGGCACUCUGGUCACUGUCCCUCUUCUACCUCAUCUGCGUGAUGGUUGGCAGACUGGAUGUGCUCCACAUACGCUCACACCUGAGGAUACCGUCAUCGCACAAAAUAACGGCGCAAUCGCUGUUGGCUGCAGCGCAAGUCGGAAGGCUUGCCAAGAUAUCGUAUCUACAGCCGUAA